UUGUCACCUGGAGGAGUAAUACAGUUAAAGGCUGUGUUACAACAUUAAUAUUUGAUGCUUUGUUACCAACAAUGCACCAGAAAUAUAUCUUUUUAGUAGUAUCUUGUUUCUAUAUCAGUAGAUGAACCCACCCUGCUGUGGUGCUACGAGUUCAAUGGUCAACGCGACGCACACUGCUCGCGCAGCCCUCCAACAACGUCCCACAUAGUCGCGCGACAUCAACAACAAUGGCAAACCGUCUCUUCUGAUUGGAGCCAACGGACGGAGACGGUCCCUGAAAAAGCUUCAACUCUCUGCUCUUCAUUUCUUAUUUCUCUUUUUGAAUCGGCGUGUUUUUUUAUACCUUUUAAAAGACGAGAGUGUUUGCCAUGUUUCUGCGUUUUUAAUUUUUAAUUUCCGACAAUGAUUGAGUCGCUGUUGGCCAGCAAACACAGUGUGUCCCUGCUGCUGCUGCUGCUGCUCGGCUACUAGAGGCUGCUAACAGAGCUAGCUCCUCACACGGCGGUUAGCUAGCCGUUAGCUUCACGUUAGCCUCGACUUGAAGUGAAGGAGGGUGAAAACACAAGCGAUUUGUGUUUGUUUUAUAACAAACAAACCUUUAACUAUUUUUCUUAGUCGUCGCUGUCGGUUAUUGUGAAGAAGUGUUGUAUGAUUUUGUCGUAUAGAUACUUCUUUGCUUGCUAGCUUAACAGGCUUAGCUUAUUAUUGUGUUCUUUUUCCGACUGGCGAGUUUUUUUCUUUUGCAAAAGUAUGGAUGACCAGACCAGGAUGCUGUCGGGUCUCGCCGGACUCGGUGGACUAGCACAAGCCGAUGUCGGUGACCCAGACUCGGUGAGGAAACAGCAGAGCCUCGGUCAGCCUCAGCAAGACAUAGGGGAUAUCCUACAGCAGAUAAUGGCCAUCACCGACGAGAGCCUGGACGAAGCACAGGCCAGAUGCUGGCCAGAGGACUCGCCGGCGCAUUGGGGUGGAUCAGACGACCCCACAGAGGGAGGGAGAGCAGGGGGGGGCAUGGCAGGGGGUGGCCUGCCACUCAACUUCCAGCACAGGAAGCAUGCCCUGAACUGUCACAGAAUGAAGCCAGCCCUCUUCAGCGUUCUCUGUGAGAUCAAAGAGAAGACGGUGCUGAGUAUACGAGGCGUUCAGGAGGAGGACCCCCCAGAUCCCCAGAUCAUGCGGUUGGACAACAUGCUGCUAGCAGAGGGUGUGUCAGGACCGGAGAAGGGAGGAGGAUCGGCUGCAGCGGCCGCAGCUGCAGCAGCAGCGGGGGGCUCACCUACCGACAGCAGCAUUGAACACUCCGACUACAGAGCCAAGCUCGCCCAGAUCCGCCAGAUCUAUCACUCUGAGCUGGAGAAGUACGAGCAGGCCUGCAGUGAGUUCACCAACCAUGUAAUGAACCUGCUGAGAGAGCAGUCUCGCACACGGCCCAUCUCUCCCAAGGAGAUUGAGCGCAUGGUGGCCAUCAUCCACCGCAAGUUCAGCUCCAUUCAGAUGCAGCUCAAACAGAGCACCUGCGAGGCCGUCAUGAUUCUGCGCUCACGCUUCCUUGACGCCAGACGUAAGCGGCGCAACUUCAACAAGCAAGCUACAGAAGUGCUGAACGAGUAUUUCUACUCCCACCUGUCUAACCCUUACCCUAGUGAGGAAGCCAAGGAGGAACUGGCCAAAAAGUGUGGGAUCACUGUGUCUCAGGUCUCUAAUUGGUUUGGCAACAAAAGAAUACGCUACAAGAAGAACAUUGGUAAGUUCCAGGAGGAAGCGAACCUCUACGCAGUUAAAACGGCGGUGGAUGCUGCCAAUGUGUCUGCGCAGGCUAGCCAGGCUAACUCUCCGGCAACGCCCAACUCAGGUGGAUACCCUGCACCGUGCUACACACCUGACGGGCGGCUAUGAGGAGCUGUCGGGUAGUGGCCUCUACACCCCUCAUCGCCUGGAUGCUAACAGCUGGCAGGACACCACCAACCCCCCCUCGGUCACCUCUCCUCCCGGUCCUCCUGGCAGCGUCCACUCCGACACCUCCAACUGAUUCGGUGGCUCUCCCUGCCAUCACUCCAUUCCCACCGCGGUCUGCUCUGACUACCAUCCUCUGUCUUCAUUUUUCACUACUCCCUUGUCUCUCUACUGGACAGCCACACAGGGCUGUGCUCGCAUUUCAUAAACACACACACACUGUGCUGGAACACAGGACAGCCAAACAGUAGUUAGGAGGAGUUCUCCCUCCACCCCCCCCCACAGCUCCACUUCAAUGCUAGAAGCUCCUUAACUCUGAAUGAAAAAAGAGGGACGGAGCUUCCUGAUGCUGAGACAGAUAGAAAACACCUUUACUAUCAAGGACUUUUUGAAAAACCACUGACCCAGCUGUGUAGAUGAUCAUGAUGUCUGUACAUUGUGUAUAUGCACGUUAACUCCACACAGUACUCACACUGCUUGUCCAUGUGCUGUUGACCUCUGCACUCGACCCUUUGCUUUGGAAAACUGUGUGUGAUUGCCUGUAUCUCUUGAAGCCUUUGGCGUUUGAUGGCCAAACUGUUGAUACGGAUCACCAGGGAGCUCUGCUCACCUUGCUCGUACCAAAGUGCUGCCCCGGUAGUUGUCAACACAUCCGUUCCUCCCGAGAUCACCCUCUGCCAACUCAACACAAGACACUGUUAUAUCUUCCAGUCCUUUAUAGCUCGAUGUUUCAUUCUGUUGGAGAUUUCAAACAAAGUGAAUAAUUGAGAUACGCACAAACGUGCGUGCACCCCGCUUCCAUAAACCUCACAACUUUUCAGUCGUUUUCAUAGUGAGCUGACAUAAAAAAAGAUGUGUCAAGCACAAACGUUAGCAUCCUUGUUAUGGGUGUCUCUACCUGUAAGCGGGUAGUUAAGGGGAUCACUGUUCUAAACCAGGCAGGGCAGGUGAUAAUAGGGCUGGUGAGAGGAGGAGGAAAGGGCAGAGAGGAGAAUAUCUUUGGUUGAGUGGAUGUAACUAAUAGCCCUUUUUUGUUGCUAACCAAUAGAGGGUGUUGGUAGAUGGCUUGUAGACUUUACUUCUUGCUUUCUGUCCACUAGUUUAUUUGAUUGUAGGCUAUUUUCUAAUGCUGUUUCACCAAGAAUGCACCAGCCACCACCAAAAAUGAGCUCAAUAAAAGCAUCUAAAUGACGUUAAGGAGACGGGCGGUAAGAUUGUGGGGCAUCGAUGUGUUAUUGGGACAUGAAUUUAGAAACGUGACUGUCUUCCAUGCAUGUAGGACUUUCUAGGCGUGAUAUUAUUGUUUUCAUUUAACCUUCCAAGUUUUUAGCUUCGUUUUUAUUAACAAAAAAAAUAAAUAAAAAGGGUAUAAUUAUUACAGUCAGACCAAAAAGGAAAAAGUGCAUCAUGUAUUGCUAAUGAUGUGUGUGUCUCUGUGUGGGCGUGUGUACAGUGUUCUUGGGAUGUCUUAGUCAAACUGGCUGGUGCCCUCUGACCUUUGUAAGCAUUAUAAGAGACUGGGUGCUUCCGCCAGCCAGGUGACACACCAGGUGGGGUUCGACCGAGAUCUCCUCCCCCCAUCUUGAAAACAUUUUACGAGCCCGAGGCAACACACUACAACCUUCUGUUGUACCAAAACCAAAAAUACCACGUUCAGCAAUGUAAUAAUGCUACUCUGUGUCUCUCUAAAGUUGGUGCGCAGCCACCUUUUCAGUUCGAGGAGAGGAGGGAAUUAUAUUUGUAUCUGUGUCUCUCUGUGUGGUGUUGUCAUGCCUCGAGUUGAUUUUUGAUUUUAGGGGUUUUUCUUUGUGGGGCGUCAUGGGAGGGUGGGUGGAGUGAGGACUGUCAUAUCACACCUGUAAUUUGAUUGUGAGCAUAGAAGGUAUGCUCUCCCCUUAACCCAUCCUUUUAAUACCUUCUGGUAAAACCACAAGUUUUUACUUCUAUAGCCGAUUGGGCAAGGGCUUCUUCUCUCUCCUCUGUUACCAAAAAAGAGGCAGCACUGGGCGUAGUAUAACUCCUGUUUAAGACAAACAUUUUGGGGGAUUUUCAUUCUUUGGAACUAUUUUAUACAUUAACUGUUAUGUGAAUAACAAAGCAUUUUGAUAGUAAGGUAAAGCCUUAUGAAGAUUUAAGUGUCAGACUUUAUGUUACAGAACAAAAACUUAUAAGCUUAUAAGCUGGUCACACGUGAUAUCCCGCAUCUAAUUAUGACUUGUUUUGUUACUCAUCGCGGUUCAUACGACUGUAUCUUAUGAAUAACGUUAUCGCCACACCAAAAUUAUCAUGUCCCCCCUCCCUUUUUCUACCUGUUGUAAUGGAUGUCACUGUACAGUUUGUGUAAUGUUUCAGUAUUUUUUCUUUUUUUUUUCUUUUAUAAACUUUGAUGUUUUUGGUUGAGAUGCCAGUUUUAUUUUGGCCUUUGUGUCACAGGAUUCACGAUAACUCUGUAUCAAUUUUGAAUAUUAUUUAGGUCUUUUUGUUACAUAACCGGGUGGCAAUGUCGGGUUUACAGGUGUGACGCUUGGUGCUGUGGAAAGACAAUUGUAUCAAUUGAGGUUCUCCAAUGGACAUUAUUUGGUGUAUUUUUGCCGUGUAGAUUUAUGGACGCUGUUCCCUUCAGUUUCUACCUUUUACACACUUCCCCAGAUAUCCACCCAUUUGUGUAUCUAAAUCUUUUUAACUCUUUUAAACAUGCUUUGUGACUAAUUAAGUGCUCAAAUUAUUUGUUGAAAUCAUAACUUUCUGUUUACGGAGUGGCAAAAUAAGUUUUGAAACUGUUAAAUAGUUAUAAGGACUAUUGUUAAUUCAUGCUCUUGGAGCUUCAAAUUUAUCAGCCCAUGACGACUAAAUAUAAACGUGCAGAUGUCGCCCUUUGGUUUCAUUUUACAGGUCCGCAAACUUCAUGGUAAUUAGGUGAUAAUUAGCAAGUAACCUAUGUCUUUGGAAUUACUGCCAAAUUACCCCAAUAUUUACAUCAAAAAUUAUUUUAUUAUAAACAUUAUAUUCCGCUAUUUCCCAAUAGCUGGUAAUUUAAAAUUUAGAAUAAUUUUUGAAGUAAAUAUUGGGAUAAUUUGGCAGUAAUUCCAAAGAAAUUUCAAAUAGGUCACUUGCUAAUUAUCACCUAAUUACCAUGAAAUUUGCGGACCUGUAAAAUGAAGUUCCCUUUUUGUGGAAAAGUUAAUGCCAUAAACUCUAAAAAGUAUUCAAGUAUUUAAUGCAGAAAUAUUGUAAAAAUAUGCAAGUACAUUUGCAUACAACUGAGAGGAAGUCAAUACUGGAUUUUGUUUGAGGAAACUACUAAAGCCUCGGACACAGACCGCUUCAGACUUCUACCGGUGACGCAGACGCGCAUGCGGUUCCAUUCAUACUACAAUUGAGGGUCCGUGGCGUUCUGGGGUUCCACGCAUGCGCAUUUCCCGAUCCACACUCCCAUUGUAGUUGGGAGUGGUAACGCACCAUGACGUUGUGUGCCAGGAGCUCUAUGCCAUUUGGCCGUCUUUGUAUUACUUUUUAAAGACAAAUUAUAUAAAUGUGGGCCCUCGCGGACACGUUAAGUACGAAUUGGCCUUCAAUGGCAACUUCAUUUAAAAUAAUUAAAAUCAUGUGACACCCUGAAACAGGAAGAGAGGCAGACCUUCACAAUAAAGCAGAUGGUCUACAAAAAUAAUGAGUAGGGUGAAAUGAUUCAUGUCUAAACACUUAACGACGUCGAUCUAAAAACACAGAAGUUAAUUUUUCAUUUUACUUUUAAUCAUGUUUAAAUCUUGUUUGAUUUCUGCAAGUGACUAAAUGACUUCCACAGCACCGAACGUCUUCUUAAACCUUUUUUGAUUUCUUUGUUUUUAUUAGUAUAUUUGUAUCUCCCCUCUUUCCCUUGUAUUUACCCCUCUCUCUACCUCUGUCUUUCCAUUUCUCUUGUAUAUAACCCCCCACUGUUUUCAGACUCGUGAGUCUGUAUGAACUCCUUUUAUACCUCAACUUUAGAAUUGUUCUAGAAAGAGUAAAAACAAAAAGGAAGAAUAUGACAAAUUGUAGUGUUCUUAUUAGAAAAUUAAUAAAAUGAUUUAGUGUGAUUUUUUUCAGUAUUUGAUUUCAGAGUUUAGGAGUGUUUCAUUUUAUAAUUUGUCACAAAAUGCUCUUGUGAUAGUCAAACGUAAUAAAAGGAGAGAUUGCACCAUC